GAAAUGCAAAGAGAAGCACUGGAAAGUGCAAAUACAAACACCGCCGUUCUUACUACUAUGAAGGGGGCUGCAGACGCAAUGAAAGCUGCACAUCAACAUAUGGACGUGGAUCAAGUACACGAUAUGAUGGACGAUAUAGCAGAACAACAAGAUGUGGCUAGAGAAAUUUCAGAUGCCAUAUCUAAUCCAGUAGCGUUUGGCCAGGAUGCCGAUGAAGAUGAAUUAGAGAAAGAGCUAGAAGAACUUCAACAAGAGCAACUUGACAAAGAAUUACUUGGUAUCGAUACAACGACAGAUGAAUUACCAGCGGUACCAACUUCAGUUCCCGUUGCACCAAGCAAAACUCGUACAAAAGCUAAACCUGAGGAAGACGACGACUUGAAAGAAUUAGAGGCAUGGGCAUCGUAAAGUGAUAUUAGAAGAGAUGUUACAAUCAAAGAUACAAGAUGGUUUUAGAUAAAUGUAAAUUGUAUAUUGUUAUCACUAUGCAUAAAUUACUAUAUCGUAUCUUGUAUUAAAUAAUCAAAUUAAUUUUUUUAAUAUGAGUCUGCAAUAUUAAGCUUUUUGAACAAAACUACUGAUUAAUAAGUUUGAGUAAAAAUUA